AAAGAGGAGGACGCGCCGACGUGAAUUACUUUCUCCGAAUUAUAUGAUUUUCUAAAAUUAAUAGAUUAAUAAUUCGAAUUAGCAAACAUCAGCUUGACAACUUGAGCAGUGGACCUAGGGAACUUUUUUUUAUAAGAUUGAUUUUCGGAUAGACGGAUAAAAGAAACAAAGAUAUCCAAAUAUGUUCAUAUAUCAGUGUGAAAGUUAUGAUCAUUUUAAAUUCUAAUUCUUCAGCACUACGACUAAUAGUAAUGGCUAUCAUCAAUCAUCAUAUGUUUAAUUUGUAUAAGAAAAAUUCUUUCCCAUUGCAAAAAUGGAGCGAUCUUACAUUAAGAAACUUUUCACUUGUCAUUCUAAAUUGUUUAAUAUAUUUCUAUAAAUUCUGAACAAUCUGAAGUUUCAUGUUAGAACGUCUAUUAAAUUAAAUUGAUUUUUAAGAAAUUUUAAUAAUCUUGCAACCACAACAUUUUCAGAUUCCUCGCUCAACAUAUAA